UUCAGGCAAAGCUAAGGGUCGAAUUGAACUUCCUGAUUGGAGCUCCGGUCAUGCUUGUUGGUCAGAAAGUCCAAAUGCAUUGUAUGGGAUCAUUGGAUGAGAAGAAAUACAGCUGGUACCAUCUGAACCAAACCACAUCUAUGAACAAUGACAGUAACCUUCUGACUCUACUUGUCACCACUGAGGACUCUGGAGAAUACAAGUGUUCAGGUUAUUACAAUGGAACAGUGUACUACAGUAAUGCUGUACACCUGACAGUAGUAGAGAGACUCUCCAAUGUGUCUGUGUCAUCCACACCCAAGGACCUGGUAACCAUGGAGGGGCAGAGUGUCACCCUGUACUGUCAAGCCACCUCCCACCCUCCCUCUGUCGUCUGGAGCUGGAGCAGGUUGGAUGAGCAGGGUGGGUGGCAGGAAGUGGGCAUCGGGCGAGAGCUGACCCUGAGACUGGCAAGGGAGAGUGGGCAGUACUUUUGCCAGGCUCACAGCAAGAUCUUGGUCCUGACACAGCAGCAAAAAAGCCCCUUCCACACAGUCUGUAUCCUCUACUUCCCCAUGACUGGUAAUCUACUCAUCCAUCAUAACAUCCACCUUGAUUCUCAUAUUGUGUAUGCAGGAGUGGCAGGGUUGGUACUGGUUCUCCUUUCCUGGGUCUUACUGCUCUUGGUGCUGCUGUGGUUCUGGAGGCAGCGGGCCAAAGAGAGGGCCGGUCAAGAGACCCUGGCCAUCAAUAGUGCACCGGCCAAAGGAUUUACUGGACCUGCAAAACCACCAAAGGGGAGGAGUCAGCCCCAGGCCCAGGCUGGGGAUGAGGGAGAAAUCUACAUGAACUGUGGUGAAACCAACCAAGCCUACAGCGACCUGUGCCCCGCCUACAUGACAGGGGAUGAUACCUACGCUACCUUGGGAUGAUACCUACGCCACCUUGGGAUGAUACCUACGCCACCUUGGGAUGAUACCUACGCCACCUUGGGAUGAUACCUAUGCCACCUUGGGAUGAUACCUAUGCCACCUUGGGAUGAUACCUACACCUUGGAAUGAGAGAGGGUGAUGGGACUUACCCAAGAACAGGAACAACAUAUGCAUAUGUGACAUGAAUGUAACACUAAAAUAGCCUCCUUGAUAAACCACAUACUGUAGAUAACAGAAGAGAUACAUCCUCCUUUGCUCACUCUAAAAGACUGUGGGGCAGUUUCCCAGACACAGAUUAAACCUAGUCCUGGACUUAAAAACUAUUUCAAGAGAUACUCCAUUGACCAUGCUUUUUCGUCCAGGACUAUGUUUAAUCUGUGUCAGAGGAAACUGUCCUUAAGAGAGUUAGAGUUUGUUUAAUAUUUGAAGAGAAUCUAGAUUUGACUUAUAAAAAGUAAAGAGGUUUGAAAAGUGUUAUUUUUCUUGUUUGUCUUCACUCAUUUGCAAGAUGCUGAUAGUGAUCUUUCUCAGAAUCUUUUAACAGAAGCCUUGAAUAAAACAAUUAUUGUGAAACAGAAAAACAGGUAUUUCAAUAACAAUAUAUCUGUUAGAUCAUAUUUACAUUUGAGAAUGCAGUACAGCGUGCUACACAACACAUUUUAAUUUUAUCACAAACAUAGAGUUACAGUUACUGCAACAUUUAUACCAGAGGUCCAUUAACUUUAUAACCCACUCAUCUCUGUUAAUACUUCAGUAGCUGGCAGUUGAGAAGUCAUCAUGUUCAUCACAUGGUUACCAUCCUUGUAAAAGGACUGUGAAGCUUGUUAUUCCCCUCAUUCUUUACAAUCACUAGCUUUAACAAUAAUUGCAAUGCAUCACAUAUUUUUAAAAGUCUGGUAACACUUUAUUUGGAUAGUCUGUAAAACAUCUACAGAUGGACUCUCUACAGACUAUCACUAACAUUUCAACUAUCUACUA